AUGCAGAUCCUCGUUCCCAUCGCACGAAGCUUUCAGCUUCUGUUCAGCAUCGUUGUUCUCGGUCUUUCUAUCACUCUCGCCAGACAACAAUAUUACGGAAAAGUCCCCGCUGAAACCGGAUAUGCUGCCUUCACCGGCGCACUUGGCAUUGUUGUUUCCCUCAUCGGCAUCGCUGCCCUAUGGGUCUCCAGCCUGAGUGGUAUCAUUGUGUGGGUGCUGGAUGGUGUCACCAGUCUUGCUCUCAUGGUCGCUGGAAUUGUUUAUGCUGUCGCGCUUAAGGGCGUGAGUUGCAGUGACCCGACUGACGCUUGGGACAACAAGCUUAUUAGUGGAGGGUGCACCAACGAUGAUGUCUAUGGCAAAGUAUGCAGAGAUGGCUCUUACUCCGGUGAUGGCUUUGGUACCAUUCGAUCUCGUUGCAAGCGUGCUGAGGCAGACUGCGCAUUUAUGUUCCUUGCCUUUGCCGCUUGUGCGUGUGCUCUCGUUGCAUCAUUUUUGACCCGUAACAAGUAA